AAAAGUGGCGGGGGGAAUGGGAGGAGGGGUGGCGGGGCUUCCCACCAGUGUGAGAGACGGAGACAGAGAAGGACCUCGGCUCAGUUCUGCGGGCUCCCCAUUGGCUGGCGGUUUGUACAAAAUCUAACUCAAACCACUUCAGUCUGAACAAAUCCUAAAGGCGCACACGCAGCCUCCUCCGCAGCUCCACCGCCGCCUUUAGCGUCAUUUCAGAGCCCGAUGCUGCGCUCAUCGCUCAACUUUUAUCUGUGCUGUUGUUCUCAUCAGCUGGCUGAAGGAGGUUUCUCCUGCUUGGUUUUUGGAGAUUUUGUGAAUCGGACUCCUUGACUUCUGCGCAGUUUUUUUUUAUUUAUUUUUGAUUUUUAACUGUUAUUUCCUUCCAACAGAGGAAGCAAGAAAAAGAAGCCAAUUCUACACCUGAAUGCCAGGGUAUCCGGUGUAACACGGAGCCCACGGAGAUCAGAGAGAACACGAGGGGCGCCUUCGGAGCGACAUCAGUUUUCAAAAUUUUCUCCAACUUCAGCCCUCAGACAAACAUUAGCAUGAUGUCGUAUCUAAAGCAACCACCUUACACUGUCAAUGGCCUGAGCUUAACAACCUCCGGGAUGGACCUUUUGCAUCCAUCAGUGGGUUAUCCAGCGACGCCACGAAAACAAAGGCGAGAAAGGACUACUUUUACGCGCGCACAGCUCGACGUUUUGGAGGCGUUGUUUGCCAAAACCAGGUACCCGGACAUAUUCAUGCGCGAAGAAGUGGCACUGAAAAUCAACUUACCUGAGUCCAGAGUACAGGUUUGGUUUAAGAACCGGCGGGCCAAGUGUCGCCAGCAGCAGCAACAACAACAGAACGGCGGACAAAACAAGGUGCGACCCCCUAAAAAGAAAAGUUCCCCAACCAGGGAGGUGAGCUCGGAGAGCGGGGCCAGCGGCCAGUUCACGCCCCCCACUAGCACCACCACAGUCCCCGCCAUCUCCACCAGCACCGCCCCGGUGUCCAUUUGGAGUCCCGCGUCUAUUUCUCCUCUCUCGGACCCCCUGUCUACCUCCUCUUCCUGCAUGCAGCGGUCCUACCCCAUGACCUACACUCAGGCCUCGGGCUACAGCCAAGGCUACGCCGGGUCAACGUCCUACUUCGGGGGCAUGGACUGCAGCUCUUACCUCACUCCAAUGCACCACCAGCUGUCGGGGCCAGGCUCGACUCUCAGCCCGAUGAGCACGAACGCCGUCACAAGCCAUCUGAACCAGUCUCCGGCGUCCCUCUCCACCCAGGGCUACGGGACGUCCGGCCUGGGCUUCAACUCCACGGCAGACUGCUUGGAUUAUAAGGACCAAGCGGCGUCAUGGAAGCUGAACUUCAAUGCCGAUUGCUUGGAUUAUAAGGAUCAAACAUCCUCAUGGAAAUUCCAGGUCCUGUGAACAGAGCAGUGACGAUCACAUGAGACGCAGUUCAGCCAUCUUUCCAUAAAACUCAACAUCAGACUGGUUGAGCCUGGCUGCGCUUUUCUUUUUUUUUAUCCCGGUGGUCUUCGGUACUCCUAAAGGAGAGGUUUAAUUUAUUUUAGCACUGGCAUAUAGAUUUUUCCCCCUUUCAUUCACAACUUGUAGCCCCUCAUCCACCUCUAUCAUUGCGUGCCUCUGUGCGUAAAAACACCUGUUGAGGACAACCGCAGCCACGGAACUAAAACUUCAGAGUCCUCCUGAAGUGCAGACCUCUUUAAAAAAAUGAACCUGCUGGCAGAGAGACAUGAGGAUACUGUGUGGACAUGGAUGCACUACUUUAUUUAAGAAAAAAGUGUUUAUAAGGAAUCAAUAUGUAGUUUCUAAGAGACAAUCAAUGUGCGUCUUAAAUAAAUGGUACAUAGGUGUUUUUUUUUUAUCUGUGAUAUAGCCUUCGAAACUGUGAUCUGUUGUAUUGUAUGCAAUUUGUGAGCCCCCCUCUCGCAUCAGACUCUCUGCUGUGAUUUUAAUAGAUUUUUAACUUUUUUGGGUCAAAAACUGAGCUAAAAGUAAAAUUCAAAGUGAGACAGAGACAAGAUUUUUGUUUUCUGCAGGCACAUUAUGGAGGGUUAGGCCAUACUGGAAAAGACUCUCAGCUGCUUGCUCCCCCCAUCCCUCUACUGAUCUGAUUGUGGAUCCUUCUCUCGGUCUCCCAAAGAGAGUGUGACCUCACCGCUGAAAAGACAUGAAUAAAGAUCCUGUGGGCUUACUCUUCUACCAAAAAUACGUGUGUGUGCGCGCGUGUGAAUGGGUGUGUGUCUCAGUGUGGGGGGGAAAAAAGAAACAGUUGUGUAUACUUUUCCAAGCAGGUUUGAGUCACAAGGACUGUUUAGCUUUUAUUAUGCUGUUGAGAUAUUUGAUAUAUUUUCUGGGGGGAACGGAAGUAGGUCACCGUUUUGUUGGUUUAAAUGCACAGUUUCGCUUUAAUUGGGCCAGUAAUUGCCAUCCAAGUGAGUAAUAAUUACACUUGUCAGUUUCAACCGAGCUCUGUUUUCUCAUGCAUAUUUUAUAACCUCUUGAUCCAACACAUCUGAAAUAAUUACAUGUUACAGCAUGGGGCAAACGGGCGUUUAUUUCAAAGCUGAUUUGUAGUUUAAUUUGCUCAUCACCUUCACUGCUAGGAUGCGUAAACUAAAAAGGCAUGUAACAAUUUAACCAACAAAACGCAACAUAUUGGUUUCAUUAGUAUUUUGUGUUAUUAUGACUGAAAGUCGAAUGAAUCAUCCCGGGAGGCAGAGUGAAGUUAAACCAGGGCCGCAGGCAAACAUAAAGUCCAGAAUCUAAUCCACAGUUUUAUUUUCUACAUAUAAACUACAUAAAAAUGAAGAAAACAGAAGGAUUUCUCAUCCAAAAAAGCCUUGUCAUGAUUUAUUUGUAAUAUAUUGCUAAUUAGAGUGAAUAUAAUAUUUUAGCUACAUUGUAGAUUCUAAGGUUGAUGAACAUCCAUUUAACUUUUUAAUUAAAAUAACGGGCUUUCAUCUGCACAAACAGUCUUGUACAUAAUCCUUUAUUCUAUUCUGAUUCUUUUAUAUCGUUCAUCCAAACUGCCGUGUAAUCUUUUUAAAGUAAAUCUCCAGGGACUUUUUGUACUAUGGCAACUUGUUGAAAUGCUCACAUUUUUAUCUGGAAAUUUUACCGGGUAGCAUUAGAUAUAUUUUCAGGAGUAUCGUGCGGAACAUAAUGUUCUUAUUCAAAGAGUGCACUUUGAACUUACGGAGAACAAAAAUAAUGGUUAUCAUAAACUAGUGUAAACAAGGAGAAUUUACAGAAAUAUCCAAGAGCAUCCAUAAUAUAAAAACGAUUGCUGAUCUCAAAAGGAGACAUCCACUUCUCAAACAAGAAACGCUGUAUUUAUUAAUUAAUUAAUUGUCAUUAAAUAUGCUCAUGGCUUUUGUUUUUUCCAGCGUACACCACUUUUAAAUGUCCGAUGCUUAUUUCCCCGCCUUAAUAAUCCUAUUCUCAUCUUAUUGCAUAUGAACAAUAUGAUAGUAAAGUUGGGUAAUUAACCAUAUUUUUUGAAACUGGAUGACGUCAAAAUAAGCUAUCUCUUGAAAGAGCAAAAAUUAAACUUUCAAAAUAAAAGAUGGGCAAUAUUUGAAAAUACUGGACACUACAUUCUUUAAAUGAGCUUAAAAAUUCAUAUAUUUUAUUAUAUA